AUGCCCUCGUUCGUAGUACUUUGGCAUACUGUAGAGAGUGAGAAGCAGUCUGCCAUACUACAACGAAUAGCAGACUACUGUGAUGCGGACGCUCGGGUCGCUUCGAACGGGACGAAGUGGCACGAAGUAGCGCUUCGGGAGCGAAGCGGGUCAUCGGUCUCCACACACUCGUUGAGAUUACAGAGUCAAGACGCACGGACAAUAUUUACAAGUGCACGUCUGUACUUCACAGGCCGCUUUGCCGCGCGUCAGCAAAGUCUCACUUUAUUAACACAGCGGUCCAUGAAGUUCUUCUUCCUCUUCGUUUGGGUGCCGUCGUCGAGCGGCGGCGAGGUAUCGUCCGGCACACCCUCGCGGCUGCGACUCUGGCGCGCGAGAGGGGUCGGGCCGUCCGCCGGCCUCCCCGCGCUCGUGGGACUCGGUGCUGAGUCUCGAGAUUUCCUCACUGAUGACCGUCGACUCCGUUGCGGUCUGAAAAGUGUACUCCUGUUAGCAAUGUUGUAA